AACUGUACAUUAAUAAUUAUUUAAUUGUUGGUUAUUGUAUUAUAACAACUAUCAGGAUCAGAGUUAUCUAAAUCAAAUAACCAAUAGAUAUCUGUGUAAACUGAUUAACGUUAAAAUGUUGUUAUAUCAUUAAAGUGUAGUGGAUCCACAGUUUCGAGUGUAAACUAGAAUUAGAAUUGGUUUCCUUGUGUUUAAAUCAGACGCAGCAUUCAUUUAAAUAAAGGCUAGUGUUUUAGAAAUGAUAAAGAAAUCCAGCGAUAACAAAGUUGAAUACAAUUCUGACAGAUAAGUGUUUUUUUCUUACAAUAUGAUUGCUCACCUGUCUGCGAGAACUACCAAAAAGUGUUAAUAUUAUGUUGAAGUGCACCGACUGAAAGAUAUGCUCAAGUCCGACAGUUCAAGUAUUGAAGAGUGCCCUUUAAAAAAUAAUACUCAGUGCCAAAAGCGUCCAAGAACAUUUAAAGGGCCUCUUCGAGUCGUCCGACUAUGUGUUUUAGGAAUAUUUCUUCCCAGUGUGCUGAUAGCCGUUCCUUUGUACAUGAGAUAUCAUGUGUAUGGCCAUCAACUCUACCCUUUGGCUAUGUCUGAUAUGAGACUAAUUGAUAACAAAGUAUCAACAACAUGGUGUCAAAGACAACUAGUAAAAGUCAAUACAACAUUCAAUGCCUUCCUUUUGGAAAACUCUCCAGUUUUAUCGCCACACUUAAAACCAUUGACAAUGGUCCGCCAUUUGACUUUGGAAGACGAUACAAAGGAAUACUGGGGUUUUUAUCUUUUGGAAGGUUCUAAAGUUACAGUAUCCACUUGUGUAAGGUGGCCCGGUGCCUCCUUAAUUGUCAUAAGAGGCCACAAGCACUUACACGAAUGUGCAUACAUUGGCGACAACUCAUCAGAAGAAUUAGAUGAACUAAUGGAAGCAAUUCGUGAGAAAGGAUAUAUUGAAACAAAUGAAAAUAAACGCAAUGCCACAACUGACCAUCGCGCUCCAGCUAACGAGCCAGAUAUGAUGAAACGUCACAGGGAAGACGUGGAGUUUCAUCACCCAAUACAUCAAAAAAAUUCCAAGAACUAUACCAUAAAGGAAGCUGUUGACGACGCUGAUAUUACAGACCCCGAGAUGUUGAAACCUAUAUUGGACUCGCUUCAAGUUAAAGCAAAGAAAAAUCAAAAACAGAGUCUGGAAGAGAAGCACAUGCAUGUUCACAGAAAUUCGACAAUAGCGAAAGGCGAAGACAAAAAUUUUAAGAUUGAACCACCACAUCUUGAUUUAGCAAACUCGGCAGCUGCAUAUGAUGAUAUUAUUAGACGGCUGGAAAGUUUGGGUAAUAAAAGUAAUGCCGUUCUAGAUCUAAUUAACAGAAAAUUUAGAAACAACACUGAAACUGGGAGAAAUAAUCAAACCAACGACAAAAAUGAACAGAAAUUUGACGUAAAAGGAAGACACUAUUCAAAACCUUCGGUUCAGUUUGACGACAGUAUUGACAGAGCUAGACGGAGAAGGCGAGAAAUUGUUAUUUCAAAUGCUAUGAGGUCCAAUUUUACUGAAGAUGAUAGUGAGCAUGAUUUGGGACUAGAAGAGGAUUUCACUCCCGAUGGCAUUGCAGAUCACAGGGGGACAAUCAAUGAAACCACACUGAACGAUUACAGUAAUAGUGAAUUUUGGUCUUCGUUUUCAAGUUCUGAAGAGGCUUUAUUAAAUUGCGCUGGACUGAUUUUAAAUUUGCCACUGACUCCUCACCACAAUUGUGGUCCCCAUUUGACAGAAGAACAAGCUGAAGAAACAUAUCUUGCCAACACGAUUACUUAUAAAGUGCCUGUGAAUGGUUAUUACUUCUUUGUUUUCAACAGUGAAAAUGAGGUGCAACCAAACUAUAUCCGAGUACAGUUUCACUUGAAAAAAUCUGUUUAUAACGUUACUAACGCCGUAUCAACCUGUUUAAACAGUUCUGAAGAAUGCACAAUGGACCUGAAAUUUUUUUCAUCGGAAAAAUUAGUAAUGGAAUUACCACUCCGUGAAAACGGCACGCUUUGGAACGAGGAGUUUGUGGUUGUAUCAGAAUGUGAACCACGAACUAUGAUUUAUGCAAUUUGUGUGAUAGCUGUACCUGUUCUUGUGAUACUUUUUGCAUUUUCGUGAUAUAUUCAAACAUGUGGAUAUUUUUAUAAAAAAAAAAAUAAAUUAUUCCAAAUUCGCAAA